ACUGCUGAUGACUGUAUGAACGCCGAGUGAAACCUUUUAAUUUAAUUGCUACAUGGAUUAAUCAAUCGUAAUUGUUUUUUUCUUUUUUUUUGCCUUGCUGUCACUUUUGAAGUCAAAGAAGACGGAUUGGACCAAAUGUUACGCAUUUGAUUUGUUUUAUUGGCAACUUUCAUUGAUUUAAUGUUUCUGAAGGAGUUGAAAUGAGCUGUCAAACUAUUAAUAUAUAAUUUAUGUCAGCUCUUUUAAAAUACAGAGCCAAACUGACUGGAAAAAAGUGGUAUAGCCUGGUGCUUUCUUUUUUUUAACUGGCACUGAUCAGCAAGUCACAUGCGCUUAGAGGGUCAGGUCACUUUAUUUUUGUGCCAGUCGACAUUUGGUUGCGAAAUUAAACAUUUUUAUCAAACAUGAGAAAGUCUUUUUUCACACGAACAAAGGUAUUUCCUUGGAUAACUAAUGCCACGCUAUACGGAUGUUUGUUUGCGGGUGGUGAUUUUGCGCAUCAGUGUCUUGCGCAGAAAGAUGAGAUUGACUGGAGGCACACGAGAAACGUGGCGCUCGUGGCCCUCAGUUUCCAAGGUAACUUCAAUUACUUUUGGUUAAGGGCCUUGGAGCGUCGUUUCCCUGGAAGAUCGGCUGGUAUGAUUUUCCGCAAACUGCUUUUGGAUCAAACUUUUGCAUCACCGAUGGCGACCAGUGUCUUCUACACAGGUGUGAGUUUCUUAGAAGGCAAGGAGGACAUAUUUGCAGAUUGGCGAGAAAAGUUUUUUAACACAUAUAAGACCGGAUUAAUGUACUGGCCAUUCAUGCAGUUUCUGAAUUUUGUUCUGAUGCCUCUAUAUUUGAGAACAGCAUUUAUGGGCUGUUCAGCAUUCUUGUGGGCCACAUUCUUAUGUUUCUCACAUCAAAGUGGAGAUGGGACAGCAGCGUUGGCAUUAGCCUGCGUCAUGGCACCCAAAAAAUCACUUCUAGCUCGAAAUAAUGGUGAAGAAAAAUAGUGAUACAGUAGCGCACAAUAAAUGCUGUGCCUUUGCAGAUUGGCUGUUCUGUUUUACACUAGUGUAUUAAGGUUAUGAUCUGUAUAUAAACCUUAUCAGGUAUCUUUGAAU